CCGAGCCUGAUAGUUGACUACGAAGGAGAGUGCGUGACAAUGACGACCACGGCGCCGUGCCAGUGUCCUCGCUACGUGCGGCCUGUCUGCGGCACGGACGGACAGACGUACCAGAACGCCUGCCAGCUCGAAUGCGCCUCUGCAGCAGCAGGGAACGAGGGUCUAGCGGUUGACCAUGAUGGCAAAUGUGAACAAUCAUCUACGGCUGCCCCUUGCAAUUGCCUUGGUGCAAUUCGGGAAGUCUGCGGUACAGAUGGAAACACAUACCCGAACCCUUGUAUGCUGGAGUGUGCUGCCAGAGAACAAGGUAUUAGAAUUCGCGUAGACCAUGACGGAGAAUGCCAGGAAACGACGACUGUCGCCCCAUGCACUUGUCCUCGCUCCAUCCGCAAGGUGUGUGGCACGGAUGGAAACACAUACCAGAACCAAUGUUUGCUGGAGUGUUCUGCCAGAGAACAGGGUGAGAAAAUAUAUAUAGCAGCAAUAGUAUUGACAAAACCGUGUCAUGGCGCUCCAUUCCCUAUCUUGGCUAUAUAUGCCUCGAACUCCUCAUGAGCCGAACCAACCAA